UCACCAUCAUGAAUACCUCAAAUCCCAAUCUCACAAAUACUUCAAUAAAAAGACCAAAAAAAAUUAAAGCAAAGAAAAGCCUUCUUGUGCACAAAAAAAAAAGCCUUCUAGGUUUUCACGACAUGAAGUUCACUACUCUAAUGGUCAUCACAUUGGUGAUAAUCGCCAUGUCGUCUCCUGUUCCAAUUAGAGCAACCACGGUUGAAAGUUUCGGAGAAGUGGCACAAUCGUGUGUUGUGACAGAACUCGCCCCAUGCUUACCAGCAAUGACCACGGCAGGAGACCCGACUACAGAAUGCUGCGACAAACUAGUAGAGCAGAAACCAUGUCUUUGUGGUUAUAUUCGAAACCCAGCCUAUAGUAUGUAUGUUACUUCUCCAAACGGUCGCAAAGUCUUAGAUUUUUGUAAGGUUCCUUUUCCUAGUUGUUAAAUCUCUCAAGACAUUGCUAAGAAAAAUAUUAUUAAAAAUAAAAGAAUCAAACUAGAUCUGAUGUAACAAUGAAUCAUCAUGUUAUGGUUGAAGCUUAUAUGCUGAAGUGUUUGAUUUUAUA